GCUCCCAAUCUGGCCGUCGCUCUUUCCUCAACCGCCUCCCGCUGCUACAGCUCAGGAAGCGACGUCCCUAGGUCUGUAAACACCCUGAGGUCAGCUUCGCCUGGGCCCUCACCUCUAGUGCUCCAUCCUUCCUUCUUCCCACUUGCUGCUUCAGUUUCACCCACCUGGACACGCUUCCAGAGUCCAACUCGCCAUGCCGCCGCAGAGAAGGGCAACGCGGACAUCAGCCUCCGGGGCAGCCGCUCAAGCCCAGAUCCAAGAGAUUCGCCCUCAAGCGGUUCAGGAGCAGACCGUUACUGCUCAACAGAGCCAAGAAAUAUCGCAAAUAUUCCUAUAUGCCGCAGUGAGCUCCAUUCUGUGCUAUAGAAACCUUCUUCCCCAGGAGCGCUUCGACGAGGUAGUCUAUGGAGUCGUCAAUCAGCAUUGGAGCUAUGGCGCUUUCAUACGUCAAGAGCAGGAGCGAUUCAAAGACAUGCCCGACGACAUCCCCAUCUACCGGAUGCAGAUUAUGAAGAGGGGCGCAUCGACCAGAGCCGACCAGCUCAUCGAAUACUUAGAGACUGGCGUAUUUGAGGGGGUGAAGAAAGGCUAUGUCGAUGAGAUGCGUCUCGCAAUCACGGACGGUCCAGACGACACAAAGAUACAAGAGCUGUACUCCUUCCAAUUCCAGUACACCCACCCCGGAACAGAUGCAGCUCCACUGGUCAAUGUCAACAUGAGUGGGCCGAACGGAACCUCCAUCACGCUUCGUGACGCGCGAAAAGACCUGAGGAAUGUAGUCAUGAGAAUCGUCGGUGUAGCCGGUGUGGCUCCGAAACUCCCGGCGCAGCCCCACGUACGACUACAUUUACUAUACAACACCCGCUGUCCUCAUAGCUACCAAACUAAAGGCUUUGUCCCCACUACAGUUCCUCUCAACUCUCCCACUUCUGAAUGGGAGCAGCCGGCUACACAUUGUGGUACGGUGCAUACCGGAUUCCAAUCGGUCAGCUUGCAGGUUUCCUUCAAGGGUGAAACUCCUUCGAUUCAUCAGGAGGACGAAGCUGUUAUACCAAAUCCCACAAUGUAUGGCAAGACUUUAGGCAGGCAUGAUGAUGUCGAUGCCACUACCGACUCUCAACUUCCGGUCAGCAGCAAGGUCUUCCAGAGCCAGGCUGGACAGGAGACAAACAGUACUCCGCCAAAGAAACGAGCGGACAAGGAAGUGCUACCGAGUACCGAGGAUGUUGACCUGGACUUGCCACACGGGGGAGUUCGUAAUGGCACUGGAAAGAUUCGGAGAGAUGAUGUCUUGGCUCAGCGGGCUCUCGUUAAUAUGCAGCAGCCUUUUCAGGUCCCAAACGCACAAGAAACUCAGCAAUUGGCUGAUCUGCGCGAUAUGGCCAAAAAGAUCGAGUUCACCCAAGAUACCCUCGCGCUGUUAGACGGAGAGCGCAACCUCCGCCUUGGCCCAGGAUGGCGCGAGUCACGUAUUCAGAGGCGAUCAGAGUCUGCUGCGAUGAUCGGCCCGGUUGAUCAGGUCAAGUGCCAAUGUGGACACGAUGACCAUGGAGACGAUAUGAUCUGCUGCUCCUUCUGCGAGACGUGGCAACAUAUACACUGCUACGGAUACCGAGGAUUGGAUGACGCGAGAGCCCCAGUUGAACAUGCCUGCUAUGCGUGUCUCCUCCAGGAUAAGGACGACAGCCUACUUAUGGAACUCGAGGCUCUCGCGAUGAAACGCCACGCCAUUCACCUUCUUGAGGAGCGCGACUUCGAGUCCGAAUCUCAGUUUGCAAGCGCCUUGGGGUGCAAGAAGAGCGAUUCCAGCAGACUGCUGAAAGAGCUCGGAAAUCAAGGCAUCACCGUACCCAUCAACCGUUCCAAAAAGUCGAAUGGAGCGAAGAAAGUUGGCCUAUGCAAAUCUCAAAACGCGAUCCGUACGACGAUGGACAAGUACUUCGACCCUGCAUUUGGGAUCAGGCAGUUUCUUGUUCUCUCGUCAUUUCAUUCAAACGCGCCUUUGGCCAAUAAUGUUUUGAAUCCGGCGGGACGUGGAGGACGAAAGGCGGCGGACAGCUCAAGCCGAAGGGCCACCCAGAUGCAGCCAGCUCUCGUUGACCCGUCACAAGAGGGAGCCGAAUCGUCAGUGGUAUCUCCUGGCCCGUCCCGGAAGCGCCCGAGCCAUGCCUCUCUUCUCGAGACCCCAUCGUCGAAGAGACCACAUCUUUCCACGGCUGAUCUUAGCUUCAAUGAACUGUACACCCCGCUCCGCGGGCGCUAAGUACAAGAUUCAGACUCAGAAAUACGGGGUAGGGCGCGCUGAUGGAUGCAUCAGUUCACGGGUCAUAUGUCUACAUGAAUACGAAAUAUGGCCGGAGCGCAGGAUCAACGGAUGUCCAUUCAUAUAAGAAUUUUUUAACUGUGGUU